GAUGUCCCGUUGCGGACUGGGAGGACCUCGAAGGAGGACCAGUCAAGGAGGAUGCCGACUUCUUUGAGGUGCCAGCCGAAGGCAGCCGUCUACAUCAGGCACAAGUGUCGCCGCCGGGCGACCAAGUUGAGAUGUGUGAGUUGGUUGCCGCCGCCGUUCCUCUUGCCUUUGAUGAGACGGCAAGGGAAGAGCUUGACCGGAGUCAGCUUCGACUUCAAGCUUUGAUCAAAAGGGAGAGCAAUUUACAUGUGCAAGCGGUUGUGUGUGACUCCGCCAAUGGUGGAGAGCGACUGGAGUCCCUUCGCAGCACCGCUCAGCAAGUGGAGCAGGCCACUCAGGACCUCCAGCAGUCCUACGAUGAGGUGUUGCAGACCCAUGUAGUCCCGAACGCUGUUGUGGAGCGUGAUCCCAGCGAGUGGAUUGGUCCGAUGAGGGAAGAGUAUGAAGGCUUGCAGAAGGCAGUGAAGCCUCUGGAUGAAGCCACGCUGGAGCAGUGGCGUCGCGAUGGAACCCCCUGCGAGGUCAUCCCUGCAAAGGUCAUUUGCAGCAUUAAGGCGCCAAAAGGAAGGCGAAAGGUGCGAUGCGUAUGUUGCGGGAACUUUGCACGAAGCGACCGGUGGUCGCGGGCCGACACCUACUCCGGAGGGAUUGACGCUGUCACCCUGCGUACACUGUUGCGGUUCGCAGGUCUUCGGAAACUGGAUCUAGGAAUCAUUGACGUCAAGCAAGCAUUCCUUACAGCGCCGCUGUUGUCGAACGGGGUUCAGAUAGUAGUCAUGACCCCUGCCAUGUUCCGUCGCCACCGCAUCUGCGAGGAGAAGUACUGGUCUGUGCAUCAGGCCCUGUACGGGCUGACCAUUAGUCCCCGCAGUUGGUCAGUGCAUAGGGACGGAACCUUGACUGAGCUGUGUUUUACUGUCGAUGGAGCCCCCGUGAGAGUUCGGCCCAUGACCAGCGAUCCCAACAUCUGGACCGUAUAUCGUGAGGAGGACCACAGUGUUGUGGUGUAUCUUGCGCUGUAUGUAGAUGACAUGUUGGCAGUAGGCGCUACCUCGCAUGUUCAGCAGACGCUGGACAAACUGUGUCAGGUUUGGAAGUGCACUGAGCCGGUGUUACUUUCCGAGGCCGGAUCAGUUACCUUCAACGGGUUUGAGGUUUCCUCAGGUUCUGAUGGGACAUUGUAUGUGCACCAGACCAGAUACAUUCAGGAACUUUUGCAGAGGUAUGAGGUUGGAGAGCCCCUGCAAGUCCCGUGUGAGGGGCAGCCACAGACCCCAGACGAGGAGGACAAGGAGGGCUUCGAGGGCCGAGUGCAAAAAGCACAACAGCUCGGGGGAGAGCUGCUUUGGUUGUCUACCCACAGCAGAUGCGACCUCGCCUACUCCGUUUCAGUCAUCUCUGCUUGGAUGACCAAACACCCAGCAGCAGCUAUCGAGCGAGGCCUCAAGGUUUUGCGAUACCUCAAGGCCUACCCAGAGCUUUGUUUGAAGUAUGGGUCCGCCCCCAACGACAAGGGCCCCGAGGGGGUCCUUAAGGUCGAAAGGUCUGAGGACCUUGUGGAGGGAUACAGCGAUGCCUCGUUCGCUCCCGAAAGCUCGCGCUCACAUGGGGCUUUCCUGACUAUGUGGGCCGGGGCCACGAUCAACUGGUGCAGCAAGAAGCAGGCCUACAUGACGAUGUCAACAUGCGAGUCGGAACUUGGAGCCCUGAGUGAUUCGGGCCAGGCGGUUAUGUCCAUUUGCCCCCUGAUCAAUGAGUUUCUAGGGGGUCGUGCAAUGGUGCCGCCAAACGCUCUACUGCAGGAGCAGGACGACCCCAUCUCGAGGGCACGAGUGGUGUUGUACACAGACAACACAGCUUCGGUGGCCGUGGUGUCCCGGGAGGAACGUGGCGUACCCGCCACCUACGGAUAA